AUGGCCCUGGCCCUCGGGGUCGAAGACGGAGGAGCCGUCACAAAGCCCGUCUUUGAAGGGGCCGAGAAACUGGCCAAUGCGAAACGCCACGCCAAAGCUCCUAUAUCUUGGAACAACUCUAUACCCAACCGGCUACCCCCUCCCCAGAGAUACGUUUCGCGGGGCAAAGUCAGGCCUCUUCCGAGAUACUUUUAUUGCGUGCCAAUAAGGCGUAGUCUUCUCUCGCCCGACACGGUCAUCUUACCCUUCAUCCCAACUUUUACCGACGAUGUCCCAUUCGAUGCCGACGCGUACGCCAGAGAAUUCCCUCUAUGCGCCUGGGAAUUAUCUGGGAGAAACGGAGACACUGAUAUCAUUCUUCGUGAAACGGCGAAACGGUGUCGCGCCAAGGGACUUUCGGCGAGAGAUAUCAACGAGACGAGAGUGUUACCAAAGGAUAUCGUGGAUAUUGAAAUGUUAGAUCUCAUGAGAGACCUUCCGGCGUUCCCAUCGCCUCCUGAAACAUACCUCGGCAUCGCUGAAGAAGGAAAGGGCGAUGUAUCACCGGCGAAAAGAAAGUGGGAAGAACCUCUGGAGGUGAAACAAGAAGAGUACUCGGCCGACCCGUUGGAAUUUGAAGAAUUGUGUUGCCACAACCCCAGCUGCACAAACUUCAUGUGCGUCAGGCAUAGCGCGCUGUUCUUCGACAAUAUGAUGAGAAGGACGACGGGAGAUGACAUAACUUUCGCAGAGGACAAGCUCAAAAAACUCCCUCGUCUUCAGAACAUCCUCCUGAACCUUAACAACAAUUGUUCGGGUACUUGCUACUCUCUUCGCAUAUCGGAGCUGUUGACAGAGACGGAAGGAGAGAGGCAGAGUCACCCAAGAAAGCCCUGGACACCGUGGGAUCGCACCCAGCUUUUCCAGAUUCUUAAAGCGUGGACCAACGCGGGCAUUGGUCUUUGUGCACUGAGAGAUGUUUUUAAUAGACCCUGUGAUGACAUUGCGAUGGAGGCUGUCACCAUCAUUAGAGCCCACCCAGAGCUGCAGGCCAAUGACGAGGACGAGGACGGUCCUAAACCCAAGAUCAAGAUGAACCGCCCAAAUGCGCAAAUACAAAUUGGCCUUGCGGCCGACACUGCUCUUGUCCCAUCUCCUGUACUAGGCGCUUUCGCGGCUGCACCUGUCGCAAUAUUGUCAUACGGGAGGGCAAGAAUGUUUCUCGAGCUUGUGCACCUACGAGAUGUCCUUGCAUCAGGAGUCACCGAGAGUGUGAUAGAGAGCUCUGUGGGCCAUGUGGCGCAGCGCUAUGACAGGGAUGAGAUUCUAAUAGCCCAAGAUGUACGGGCAGCGGGUGGGACAUUUGGUCAAAAUGGAGUUUGGGAAGCGUCAGUUGAUCUACACGAGUCUAAAUUCAUUACCUGCGGCAAUGUGGCGCUGCAGAAAGGUAUGACUCCGAAGAUGAGGGUAGGGAUCAGCGACAUUGCCGGGUAUGGCUUGUUCGCAGGUCAGGAUAUUCCGAAGGAUACAAUGAUAGGCGAAUAUGUUGGAGAGCUGAUAACGGACAUGGAGGGGAAUGCGAGAAACACCACAGAAAAUGUCGUCCAGCGACGCUACCAAUUCCAGGUCAACGGCGACAGUAUCAUCGAUGCUGCGUUCUACGGCAAUCUGACGAGAUUUUUCAAUUCGGACACGGGUCUCAAGGUCAAUUGCGUGGCUGAGCAGCGCUCCGUGGACCACGAGACAAGGAUACUUUUCACGACAUUACGAAUGAUCAAGCGGAACGAAGAGAUUUUGUUCAACUACGGGCAAGUCAGCAAUGGUCAUGAAGGAAAAUGA